GACAAAAUUGCACAAAAUGUCAUAUUUGCUGUUUGUCAGUCAGUGUAAAUAGUGAGCCAUCAAGCCGUAAUUUAGAAUAUUUCUAUUCGGUUUUGGUGGUUAAAAUACUUCUAAAAUAUUAAUUUACAUACUUUGAGAAAUGGCAAUGGCACUUCGCAAUGUGUUGAGGGGUGUAGCAAGAAGGCUGCAAGCCCGUGGCUAUGCUGACGCCCCGAAAGGCGACGAAAUGGCUCUUACAUUUGCUGCUGGAAAUAAGGUUUUCUAUGAUAAACAAGUAGUCAAACAAGUGGAUGUGCCAUCAUUCAGCGGUGCCUUUGGUAUCCUGCCAAAACAUGUUCCAACACUUGCCGUGCUGCGCCCUGGUGUCGUCACAGUGACCGAGAAUGACGGCAAGCAAUCCAAAAUCUUCGUAUCCUCUGGCACAGUUACAGUCAACGAUGAUUCCUCAGUACAGGUGCUAGCGGAGGAGGCGCACCCGCUGGAGAGCCUGGACCGCGGCGCGGCGCAGGACGCGCUGGGCAGGGCGCAGGCCGAGCUCAGCUCCGCCUCCAGCGACAAGGCGAAGGCGGAGGCAGCCAUCGCGGUAGAAGUUGCCGAAGAAAUCGUCAAAGCCGCGACUGCGUAAACCAAUUACUGUUAACAUCUAGCUAUAUAUUUAUUCAUGUAAAAUAAAUAUGAAUUCCUUUCCUAUUCCGUAGGGGAAUGAACAUUUUAUUACAUCUCUGUUAUUUAAUCCGAACAACUAUUUGAAAUAAAACAAGGGUUUAGUUGA